GUCUGGCUGUGGCACAGAGCGCACGGUAGUCCGCCGUCUCCUCCGCACGCAUGAUGUCUCCUCUCAUCCGCCUGCUGCUGCUCCUCGUCUGCCUGGCUUUGCCUCUUUAUGGGGUGGAAAAGGUGAGAAGCAGAGGCUACCGAAAGGAUCCUGACGCUGACAAGUGCACUGGAAACGAUGCCGAAAAACCCAACUGCACUAGACACUCUGGAGAAGGAAGAUCUGCUUACUUGCCCAACAUGUAUGGUAGCUGCCUGCAGGGGCCAGCAGGCACCCCUGGAAGGGACGGUAACCCUGGGGCCAACGGCAUUCCUGGGACGCCUGGUAUCCCGGGCCGUGAUGGGCUCAAAGGCGAGAAAGGAGAAUGCGUUAAUGAGAUUUUCGAGGAACCGUGGAGACCCAACUACAAGCAGUGUGCCUGGAACUCUCUGAAUUAUGGGAUUGACCUGGGUAAAGUGGCUGACUGCACAUUCACGAAGCUGCGCUCUGACAGCUCCCUCAGAGUCCUCUUCAGUGGCUCUCUCAGACUCAAAUGCAAGAAUGCAUGCUGCCAGAGGUGGUACUUCACCUUCAAUGGAGCGGAGUGCACAGGACCACUGCCCAUAGAGUCAAUUAUUUACUUAGACCAAGGCAGUCCCGAGCUCAACUCAACCAUCAACAUCCACAGAACUUCCUCAGUUGAGGGGCUGUGUGAGGGUGUGAAAGCAGGGCUGGUUGAUGUGGCGGUGUGGGUGGGGACCUGCGCUGAUUAUCCAAGAGGAGACGCAUCUACAGGCUGGAAUUCUGUAUCCAGGAUUAUCAUUGAGGAAUUGCCUAAGUAAGGAAAAUAAAGUGAUAGGGAGGAACCUAGUUUUGGUAGCGUAACAGCAUGUUAUCUGACCCUCCACAAUGAUCAGGUGUGGUUCGCUGAGGCGUCACUGAUGGGAGCUUGAAUGUUUUGAGUUUUGUUUAAAUACUACACCCAUUGACAGGCCUAUAAACAAGAGUACUGUGCCAUUCUGUCUACCAGAGAUAAACUUUGUACUGUAGCUGUUUCAGCUCGUGGCUGCUGUUAAGAGUGCAGCAACCCUGCAACAGACAUCAGCAGUGUUUAAACUGUGUACUCCUGCGACCUGUUUAUAUGCAUUAUCACUGUUAAUAAAGCACUUCUUUUUGUAAGGAA